GGUCGGGGAGGCGGCGGGCGCUGGGAUGGCGGAGCAGAGGCGGCGGCUGGUGCGGCUGGCGGUGCUGAAGGAGCUCCGGGCCUCUUACGGGAUUAAAGUGAAGAGCGGGGGCUGCCUGGCGGCGGCCAAGCAGCCGGGAGCGGCGGCCGCGGAGGGUAAAAUCUUUGGAAUACCUUUUCAUGCAUUACCACAAUCACUUGUGCCAGAAUACGGUUAUAUUCCGAGCUUUCUUGUUGAUACUUGUGAAUAUCUGGAAGAACAUGUUCAUACCGAGGGACUCUUCAGAAAGUCUGGAUCUCUUGUUCGUUUAAAAGCUUUAAAGAGUAAAUUGGAUCAAGGUGAAAACUGCAUCUCAGCUGCACUGCCAUGUGAUGUUGCAGGGCUUCUUAAACAGUUCUUUAGAGAGCUGCCAGAACCCAUCCUUCCACCUCACCUGCAGGAAGGCCUUUUCAAAGCUCAGCAGCUAGGAAAUGAGAAGAAAACUGCUACCAUGUUGCUGUUGUGUUUGAUGGCGGACAGAACAAUUGAAGCUUUGAGAUACUUCUUCAGCUUUCUGAGAACUGUGUCCCUAAGAUCCAAUGAAAACAGAAUGGAUAGCAGUAAUCUGGCAGUGAUUUUUGCUCCCAACCUCUUGCACUCGAAUGAAAAUGAAAAGAUGUCAGCCAGUACAGAAAAAAAAAUUCGUUUGCAAGCUGCUGUUGUGCAAACACUUAUCGACCAUGCAGCGGAAAUCGGACAAGUACCAGAAUUUAUCUUGGAAAAGAUUCCUGCAAUGUUAGGUGUUGAUGCCUUUCAAUCUACUCCCUCACUGUGGGGCCAUGAAGACAGUGAAAAUGAAUCUCCCAGUGAAUGUAAGAAGAGGAGGCACCGAAGUGUUGGGGAUAUUGUUAGUGGAGCAUUGAAUAAAGCUAAAUCUAACAGAACACCCUCCACUACACCACAACAAGACAGAAGCGUCCUUUCAGCGGUGACUCCAGUGGUUCUUACUCCAAGUACCAAGCGUAAACUUCCAACUGAUUGCUCUCAGGGCUUGUCCAGCAAGAAGAGACGAUCUUUUAAGCAUAGUUUUGCUUUUGAGUUGUUGCCAAGUAGCAUUUUUAACAGCAGCUCAACACCAGCAUCAGUUCAGUUUGAUGCAAGCCCUUGUGUGUCUCUUGAGUCGUCACAAACCUCACUGUCUCCUUCAGCCGGUGGUGAAAAUCAUCUGUUUAGUACAGGGAACAGAAGAAGUAAAAGACAUGCAAGCAAAAAAUUAUACAGGGUGAAAGUGGCUACCAGAAUGACAACUACCUUGCUUUGUAACGUGGUAUUUCUGCUGGCAUUUGGAUUGGCUUCAGCUUUUAGCCACAGCCCUAGGACCCCUGACAGGGUUUCUGAAGCAGAUAUUCAGAGGCUCCUCCAUGGCGUUAUGGAGCAAUUGGGCAUUGCCAGACCCCGGGUAGAAUAUCCAGCGCACCAGGCUAUGAAUCUGGUUGGUCCACAGAGCAUUGAAGGUGGUGCACAUGAGGGUCUCCAGCACUUGGGUCCUUACGGUAAUAUCCCAAACAUUGUGGCUGAGCUGACAGGAGACAACGUACCAAAGGAUUUCAGUGAAGAUCAAGGAUAUCCUGACCCUCCAAAUCCCUGCCCUAUUGGAAAAACAGUUGAUGAUGGGUGUCUAGAAAACACCCCAGACACAGCAGAGUUCAGCAGGGAAUACCAGCUGCACCAACACCUUUUUGAUCCAGAGCAUGACUAUCCCAACAUGGGCAAGUGGAGCAAGAAUUUACUCUUUGAGAAGAUUAAUGGUGGUCCAAAAAGAAGAAAGAGGAGUUUGAACCCGUAUCUGCAAGGACAGCGACUGGAUAAUGUUGUAGCAAAGAAGUCUGUUCCACAUUUUUCAGAUGAAGACAAGGGUCCUGAAUAAGUACAAUAAAAAUGAAUGAUGAAAACUCAUGCCAUCCUCUGCUAGAUCUUAAUAUUGCUUAUAUAUAAUCAUCUAUUAAAAUCCUUGUGAAUGGCAGCAUGUUUAUUAUUUAUAUAAUUGUAGAUGAAAAACAGCUGUAUUUAUAACAGUAUGUUCUCCUAGAUAACAAAAAUAUGGUUCUGCUUUUUGUUAAGUUAUGGUAAAAGGACAUUUCUGUUGUUUUUAUUUUAGUCAUGGAGCAAACUUUAAAAAUGUUACAGUCAUUUUAAUAGCUAACGCGAGGUAAAUGGUCUUAAUGAGCAGCUUGUAAAUAGGAAGAUGUAAAAAAAAUGCCCAGUCUGACUCCAAUAUUUAAUCUUAAAUGUUACUAUGUUUGACACAUGAAAAUUAUAGUUUUAUGUUUUGUUCACAAAUAUUGUUACUUAGCAAGAACAAAGUAUUUAUUUUACCCAGAGAAUUUUGGCUUUUGGUCUAUUUUAAUAAACAUUUAAGCAAUCUACAAGGUUUGCAAAGUGACAUUUUCCAAAAUAUUUCAGAGGCCUAUUUGUCUUGGUUAUUGCUGUGCAAAUUUAAAAAUUAAAGAACUGCUUUUUCACUCUAUCCACUGGAAUAUUUUUCUGUUGGUUUUAGUCAUUCCAUGUCCACAACUUUCCUGAACACUUGCACAUCUUUCUUCCUUAUCAAUGGUACCGUUGUGUGGAAAUUCAUCUCCCCUGCUGUUCCUUGUCUUGGUAACAGCAGCAUUUGUGCAUUAUAAUGUGCUUAAAUUAUGCGUCCCUGGGAUAUUAUAAGUGAAGAUGGGAGACAUUUGUCUGUGUUAAUAAGGUUGUGUCAACAUCCUCUGAAUCUAAAUCCAGGAUAUGAAGGUCACUACAGCUGAUGAUCUUCUGAAAAACUAUGAUGCUCUAAUAACACUGGUAGCUAUUGCUGCUCUUGAAGUUGCUCCAGGAGGCUUAAAUUGGCUUUUUUGCCCCUAGGAGAUUGAAGAACUUUAUAUUCCAGAAAACUGAGCUCUCCCUUUCUGAUAGAUGAGAAUAUAAAAUUACCUAAAAUUUUAUUAUUUUCAGGGUGCAUCUGAAAUAUUUCAAGCCAUGUGCAUGGGGCAUUGGAAUUAAUGGAAAACAGCAUUAGCUUACAGUUUUGCACUUCAAAUCUAUGGAAAGAAAAUGUGGUUUCCUUCCCCAUCCUACAGAAAUAUGCAGUAAAAUAAUGAUGAUCCCUUAGAAAAAACAGGCAAGAAACUAGCAGAAACUAAAGGUCCUAGCUACAGAAGAUUAACAGGAUGGCACAAAUAUGACUCUGUAUGGCAUUUGCUUUUUCUAUCCCAGCACUUUGUAAUAAAUUAUGCAUGCAGAGAGUCAGUCCUCUCACGUCAUUUAUGGGUAGAUUGCAAAACUCCGUAACAUUCUAGGCUGAGCUAUCAUGUCUUUCAUCAUAUUUCCCCUUUAAGAAAAUUCUGGAAUAGAAAACUAAGUAGUAAGUAAUGCAGUGGGGUUUAUACUCACCUGUGUCACAAAAUUGAGGAGUUUGUGUGAGUCACAGAGCUCCUUCCACUUCCAGUGCCUGGAAUGGGAGUAAUCCAGCUGUUCACACGAGAGAAAUUGUAUUCUCUGCUUCUUAAGCUUACUUUUUUUACCUGCACUCCUGCUUAGUCUUCAUAUAGGUACUGAGAGUUGCAAAGGUUGUCUCCAAAACAGAAAAAACUAGGUAUCAUGGCAUGAAUCUGGAAUCAGAACCCACCGAUGCCCAGUGGCCCCGAGUACGUGAAAUGGUCAUUCCUCCCACCUAACCCCACAGUCAGCCGCUGGUGCUGCUGUAAGGCUUCCAGUUGAUCAGAGGCUAGAUUUCCGUUCCUAAGAAACUAGUGUUUCUUCAGGUACUCAACUAUCUUAUCAAUACUUUUAGUCUGGGCUAUAUUCUGUCCUUAUUAGCUCCAGUAAAACCCAUUUUAAUCACAAAAAUGAAGCAACCACGAAGGCAAUUUCUUUCAUUUUUUAAGCUCUUAGUAAGGACCAGCAUGUAACAAAAGGUGGUGUGUACAGUAAAUGGGGGGCUUAAAAAGGGAGGGGCAAAGAAGAAUUGUUUGCUUAAUAGUAUCAGAAAUCCCAUGUCUGAUUUCCUGAAGCGCUUUCAGCUCGCUACACCCCCUGCGUGAGGAUGUGAUAAUCCGGCACUGCAAACCGAGCAGGACAGGGAUCUGCGGUGGCUGCCUGCGGCCCAGGUGGGGCCCGAGGAGCUGCCCUGCUGUCUGUGAUAGAUCUGCACAGAGCAGGCGAAGGAAAAAUUACACAACUUAGAGAUGUUUUUGUCUUUAAAUGCAAGCAAUAAAACCCCUUUACACUGCACAAUACAAUGAUGCGUCUUACAGGAACUGUCUGUUGGAAGAAAUCAAACAUGUGGCGGUGAGCAGCCAUCUGCUGAGUCCAUCAGGCAGCUUGAGUGUUUCACCAGGAAGACUCAACAGCACUAUUGUGAAAUUUUAAUAAAAUAUAGCUAUUACACCAUGAUAAUGACAUUAAUUACUCCAAUUUCAGUUUCAUAGCAGAGCUGCUUUUCUGUACUGGGAUUGGUAGUCCCAUAUUAAUUAAAAAAAAAAAAGGGGGGGGGGGAGGCAAAAAAAACGCAAAAAAAAGUCCCUCCUACUGCUCCAACAACAGUCCAAACAUGUAUAUGUAGUUUUUUUAUAAAGAAUCACCACAGUGCUGGUCUUUCGGAAUCAAUGAACAAAGAUACCAACUAUCCCUCUCACCAAGAACUCACUCCAUCAAACCACUAUUUACAAGAAUGUAAACAGCUGCUCAGCUCUUACAGGUGAAAUCAUCCUUUUACAUUUAUGAUGCAUGUGAAUUAAGGAGCAUGUAGAUUGCUAUUGCUGUUCAGAAUUUUCAUUAAAUUAAAACCUUUUUAGAUUAUUUUAAAAUCUGCAAGUGUGUUAAUGACCUCUAAUGUAUUUGAGAUACAAUGUUCUUGAAAGAAGCUAUACAAAAUAAAGUGUAUUGCCAUGCAA